AUGAGAAGCGUGCCUCGCAGUCGAAGCGGGUGGGUCCCAUGCUCCAGUCGCUGCUGCUGCUGCUGCUGCCACCUCUCCGCGAGCAGCUCCCGUCCCCCGGCUGAGGGUCUCGGGGCGGCGGACAUCGACUGGGCGCUGCAUCCGGGUGGCCGGGCCAUCGUCGCUGGCGUCCAGUCGAGCCUGAACCUGACUGACUACCAGCUGCGCACCACCAAUCAGAUAUACCGCACCAGGGACAACUCGUUCCAGCUCGGCCGUUUUGGCCGUUCUUGA